UAAAAGAGAUGUUCUCUUCUUCCUCGCGGUUUCGUUUUCUGGCUUUACUAAUUAUUAAUGGAAGAGAGAGGGGGGGAUUUCGAAGGAAUGCUUGUAAGCUAAAAGAGUCUUGAUUUUUGGGUUCUUAUUCUCGAUCGCUUGUGCCGUCUUCUAGGGUUUCGUUCUGGGAGCGGAGAUGUCAUCGUCCUCGGCUUCGGUCCGGGUCGAGAAGGCGACGAGCGAUCUCCUCAUCGGGCCCGAUUGGACGUUGAACUUGGAAAUCUGCGACUCCAUCAAUACCGAUCACUGGCAGGCAAAAGAUGUGGUCAAAGCUGUGAAGAAGCGCCUGCAACAUAAAAACCCAAAGGUCCAAUUUCUGGCUUUGACGCUUUUAGAGACGAUGAUAAAGAACUGUGGUGAUUAUGUGCAUUUUCAAGUUGUUGAACGUGAUAUUCUGCAAGACAUGGUUAAAAUUGUCAGGAAAAAGACAGAUAUGCAAGUAAGAGAUAAAAUUUUGGUAUUGCUGGACUCUUGGCAAGAAGCAUUUGGUGGGCCAGGAGGAAAGUAUCCUCAGUACUAUUUGGCAUAUGUGGACCUAAAGAGAUCUGGUGUAGAAUUCCCUCAACGCCCCCCAGAUUCUACUCUAAUAUUUACUCCUCCGGUCACUCGUGUAACCCCAAUACCUAGACAUCCUCAAGCAGGGUAUGGAAUGGCCAGCAAUUCUACAUUAAGACUUGAUGAAGCAAUGGCAUCUGAGAUGGCAAACUUGAGCUUAUCAGAUUUGGAUAGUAUGCAGAGUGUGACAGAGUUAUUAAGUGAUAUGCUCAAAGCUGUGAAUCCAAAUGAUCCUGGGGCUAUUAAAGAUGAGGUGAUCACAGACCUUGUCAGCCAGUGCCGCUCCAACCAAAAGAAGGUUAUGCAGUUUGUCAGUUCUACCAGGGAUGAGGAGCUCUUAGGGCAAGGUCUCGUAUUGAAUGAUAACAUACAAGGCCUGCUUGCAAAACAUGAUGCAAUAGCCUCUGGCUCUCCUCUUCCAAUUGAAGCAUCUGAACCUAAUCCGGGACCAAGUGUUUCUGCUGUAUCCACACCUGAACCCGAUCCAGGACCAAGUACUUAUGCUGUACCUAAACCUGCAGAAACUAAGGGUUUUGAAGAUGAUGAAGAAGAAGAUGAUGAUUUCGCCCAGUUGGCUCGAAGGAAUUCGAGAUUCAAGCCAGCAACCACUCAUAGCUCAUCUGCUGUGACCCUACCUGAUCCCCCAGCCUCUCCAAGCCAUCUAGCUGCAGAAGGCUCAUCAGCAAACAAUGCACUGACCCUACCUGAUCCCCCAGCCUCAGUUAGGACUGCCACCAAAGAGCAAGACAUGAUUGACCUUCUGAGCAUCACCUUGGCAUCGAACCAGUCACCACCCCAUACUCCCCUAACACCUCGUGCCUCAAAUCAAAACGAGUCUCCUAUAUCUGUUUCUCCAAAUGGACAAGGGUAUCCUUACAAUCCCAAGGCGUAUGCUGUAAACCAAGGAUACAUUCCCUCCAGCAGUUAUGUCGCCCCCCGGGCUCAGUCCCAACCUCAAUCUACCCCUCCACUUCAACCCCAAGCUCGAUCUCAACCAGAGAGUCAGCCUCAGAUACUCCAUAAUUUUAGUUACCCACCCCCACCAUGGGCGACUGUUCCUGCAAAUGCCAACACCAAUCCCUUUGCAUCAAAUGCCCGCCAGUAUCCUGCCCCUACUGCCCAUGCUGGUGCUUAUGGGUCAAAUGCUUCUAUGCCUCCACAGUUCUUUAAUUCAUUUGGUUCUAGAAUUAAUAGCACCCCAUCUACCACCGGGGAAACACAGGUAAGUCCUGCUGCUCAUGUGCCAAAUGCCUCUAUUAUGCCUCCGCAGUACUAUAAUUCAUCUGGUUCCAGAAUUAAUAGCACCCCAUCUGCCACUCGGGAAAGGGCGAACGCAAUCCUGAGGCCAAUUGGGCCAGAAACUCCUCCCAAACCAUAUAUUUUAUCAAAUAGAUUAUUUGAGGAUCUGGUAGACUUGAGAAAUGCUGAUGGAAGUCUUAAGCAGCACAGCACCUAGUUUGUCCAGUGCAUCCAGCCGAGGUACGAACGGUGGAAGAAAAUAAAACCCUCGAUAUAUGAUUUUAAUGUACCAUAAUUAGCAGGGAAAUUUUCCUGCAGACUUCUUCAGGUUUGUGAUUGUGUUGUAUGAUCCUCAUCUUUUUAUUAUUAUUAUUAAUUUUCUUUAACAUCGAUCAACUUGUAUUAGCAAUAUGUUAUUUGCGGCUAGAGUCUUCGAAAUAUGUAAGUAUUAACAUACUUGGAAUUCAAUGUGGAUGGCUAAUGGGUUAGGCCAUAUCCAAGAUCU